AUGGCUAUAGAAUCCUCCUCUGACCACGAUGAUGCUGCUGCUGUCGUUCGUGCUAAACGACGUAUUGCGGCUCUGGAACAGGAGGUUGAGGUUCUCAGGGCCAGUAACAAGCGGGUCAAGCCGCAAAUCGACUCUAACGUACACAAAGGACGAGCCAUCCAUCAGCUUGUUUCUACUCAAGACGAGGACAGGACCAUCAGAUCGUUCAAUGAACUACUUCGUUGCCUUCCCUGGCUCAAAAAAAAACUUUCGUCGGAUGUUGAUGAACUUGAUUACAUUUUGAAAGAUCUGCGUAAGGGCGCGGACAGCGCCCGAGGGGAUGAUACCGCCAAUCUCAAACAUGUGAUUGUCGCGUGGCUCACUGAACUUUUUCAUCCCCUGGACCCGCCCCUUCACACGAAUAUCAAAGACGAUCGCGGGUUCAUCCAUCACAUCACUGGCAAGCUCUUGUGUCCCGUAGAGUAUACUUGGUCUCUCAAUUCGACUAAGGAAAAAAUCAGGGACAGGGACCCUGACUUUCUUGUCACAGCAUACUCUUGGCCAGCAAUGUUAUACCUGGAUUACACUUUUGACUCUGGCAACAUCGAAAAGGGACUGUUUCAUUCGGCUCUGCUUCUCAAGGCCUUCAAACAUAUAUUCACAUCUCCAUCUUCUGCCAAAGAAGUUGAUGGUGAUGGUGAUGGUGCUGACGCUAUUGUAGCCUCUCAACGCCGCCAGUCCUCUGAGAGCGACAUGACUACUCGUAGUCACCUUCGGUUCUCCCUCUCCAACGUCAAUUCCUGGCGGAGUAUUGACGGAGACUUCGACUACUACGUGUUCUACAACAACAUUGUUGAUUUUUUCGAAGUCGCACCUGGCAUUGACACACAAGCCUGCAUCAAGGAGUUGCUAAAGUGGUGGAACAGGUAA